AAUCUGGCGUAAUGUCACCGUCUACUCUGUCCUCGAUCAAUGGCACAACGCGAGCGUAACCCUGGGGAUUCGGUUCAGAAACGAAGGGAAUCAGUAUUUGGUGCAUUAUGCAUCGCAAGCAAAGAUAUGAUAAGAUCGAAAUGAAAGUACCCUCGUGAUAUCAUCCAUGGAAAUUUGGUGAACUGGAUUCUCAACUGUGGCACGGUUUUCAUGCGCAACGCUGAUUCGACAUCCAACAUCAUGCUAUUGUUUUAACCGUAUCGCGAAGAAACGAAGCUGGAACGCGGUGAUCAAAUUUUUGUUUAUCGCUUGUUAGCUGGGAAACUAGCCAAACUGUGUAGAAAUCCAAUCGAGUUUCUUAAUCAUACGUCAGAAAUCUUCGUAUUCAUCAUACAGUGAGUGUCAGUGCCGUUUCUACUGUCGUUUUCUCACGCCUCUGACUUUGUCGAAUUCUUCAAAAACACUUUUACACAAUCCAUCCACGUCAAGAUUUAUUUACAGAGGAUUUGAGAAGAUCAGGGGGCCUGGUACGGGCACGUUCGAGAGCUGUGGUGGUUGGUGAAUGGUGUUGCAGAUAGACUCGGUGUGGGGUUGGGCGUCACCCCCGCUGCGCCUCCAGCUAGGGGGGUCUAGGGGCGCCUCGGGGAGAGCAGCCGCGGGCGCCCCAUCCUCGCAGAGGAUGGGUGAGAUGGUCGUAGAACGCGCACCUUCCCCAGCCCGCCUUAGUCACACAUCAGAGAAACAUCCUCGUGCUACACUCACCGAACUCAAUGUUCUUCGUCGUCAUCGGGAACUGUGCGACGUUGUUCUCAAUGUCAGCUCUAGAAAGAUAUUCGCACAUCGCGUUAUUUUAUCGGCGUGUAGUCCGUACUUCCGAGCGAUGUUUACUGGGGAGCUGGCGGAAUCUCGACAAACUGAAGUCACGAUACGUGACAUAGAUGAAAUGGCGAUGGAACUACUGAUAGACUUCUGUUACACUUCUCACAUCAUCGUCGAGGAAGCGAACGUUCAAACUCUCCUACCAGCAGCGUGCCUUCUCCAGCUAACAGAGAUUCAAGAUAUCUGUUGCGAGUUUCUCAAACGUCAGCUAGAUCCGUCAAAUUGUCUAGGUAUACGGGCGUUUGCAGAUACUCAUUCUUGUCGUGAACUUCUACGAAUCGCGGACAAAUUUACGCAGCACAAUUUUCAAGAAGUAAUGGAAAGCGAAGAAUUUCUUUUGUUACCUGUUGGCCAAUUAGUAGAUAUUAUUUCUUCGGAUGAGUUAAAUGUUCGAACAGAAGAACAGGUAUUCAAUGCAGUUAUGAAUUGGGUAAAAUAUAACGUCACUGAGAGAAGGCAACAUUUGGCACAAGUUCUUCAACACGUACGACUACCCCUCCUUAGCCCAAAAUUUUUAGUCGGAACCGUAGGUUCUGACCUUUUAGUUAGAUCCGAUGAUGCAUGCAGAGACUUAGUAGACGAAGCAAAAAAUUAUUUACUACUUCCUCAAGAAAGACCGCUGAUGCAAGGACCUAGAACACGACCUAGAAAACCAACCAGACGCGGUGAAGUUCUUUUUGCUGUCGGGGGAUGGUGUUCUGGUGAUGCGAUCGCUAGCGUGGAAAGAUUCGAUCCUAACACUGCGGAUUGGAAAAUGGUCGCACCAAUGAGCAAACGAAGGUGUGGUGUUGGAGUGGCCGUACUGAACGAUUUGUUAUACGCAGUAGGUGGUCAUGACGGACAAAGUUACUUAAAUAGUAUCGAACGAUAUGAUCCACAAACGAAUCAGUGGUCCUGUGACGUUGCACCUACCACAUCAUGUCGAACUAGCGUAGGUGUUGCGGUAUUGGAUGGUUUUCUUUACGCGGUAGGUGGUCAGGAUGGCGUCCAAUGUUUAAAUCACGUUGAAAGAUAUGAUCCUAAGGAAAAUAAAUGGUCCAAAGUAUCACCAAUGACCACUAGAAGACUUGGAGUAGCUGUUGCUGUGCUAGGCGGUUAUUUAUAUGCCAUCGGCGGGUCUGAUGGACAGUCGCCUUUAAAUACAGUAGAAAGAUACGAUCCGAGGCAAAACAAAUGGUCUCAAGUAUCACCUAUGUCUACAAGACGUAAGCAUUUAGGCUGUGCGGUAUUUAAUAAUCUAAUUUAUGCCGUUGGAGGACGAGAUGAUUGCAUGGAACUUUCGAGUGCAGAACGGUAUAACCCUCAUACAAAUUCUUGGAGUCCAAUAGUUGCUAUGACAUCGAGAAGAAGCGGAGUGGGUUUAGCAGUAGUGAAUGGUUUAUUGUAUGCGGUGGGUGGAUUUGAUGGAACUGCCUAUUUAAAAACAAUCGAAGUGUACGAUUCGGAACAAAAUCAAUGGAAACUAUGUGGUUGUAUGAAUUAUAGAAGACUCGGUGGAGGUGUGGGAGUAAUGCGGGCCCCUCAAACCGAAAACUACAUUUGGUAGCUCAGGCCCCCCUCUUCAGUCCAAAUGGCUGAAACUCCCUUAACUCCUCUUACACCGAUAACCCCUGUUACACCCGUAACUCCUCCCGCUCCUGUAUCGGUUCCUGUUGUUAUAACUAAUACUAGAAAACGCUACCGCCGAUCGAUGAGCAUUAUAUAAGUAAUACAUACGUUUUACAAGACUUUGCCUUUCUAAAGAUGAAGUCAUUUUUAUUAAACUAUUCUUUUAUAUUCUUCCAUUAGCUUUGUGUAGUUUAUAAUUCAGUUUAAAACCCCAAUCAUUUUUAUUUAGACACAAGACGAUUACUUUGUACUAAAUAUGGAUGUAUAUUUUCCUAAUAUGCAGAAAAUUUAUUCUUUGAUCAUGUUUAUAAUUAUCACGAUUUUCGAAGUCGUGUUUCUUAUGUAAGACUUUGUAAAAUAUUUCUUAUGUUAUUUAUACAUUCUGUUAUAUAUUAGAAAAUACCAAUUCCAAUUGUUUUAGAUUUAAGUAUUAUGCUCUUGUAAUUUCUGUUCUUUUUUUUUUUCUCUUUUUUUUAAUCUUUUUAUUGUAAUUAAGGUACAAAAGAACGGAAAGGCAAACUCUCUUUGAAACAUAUUCUCAAACACAAUAUUCACUUCAAUGGAAUGCUUGCAGCUUCCAUAUUUUCAGUGAUUUAAGAAAACAGAUUUUUAAAGUCUAUAUUGACAUCAAAACUUCGUUAUGGAGGGCUGCUUGUGCACCCACUAAUAAAAAAAAGAAAAACAAAAAUAAAGAGUUAAUCAAACAAA